UGUUUUAUGGCGGACCAAAGCAUGUGGUUUCAAAUUUGAAUUUUUACGAUUUUUAGCCGAGGAUUCUUGCGAUUGAUGAUAAUUUCGGCUUGAAAUAAUCGUAGGACAUUGUUCUUCGAAUCGUGGGAAGGAAAUCGGUGCAACUUACACUUGACUAAACCGUUUUUUAUCGCGAAAUAUGGCGGCGAGACGGUCUUCUAAAAGUAGUUUGUUCGAAUACUGUCAGAAACGAAAAAUUGGUCCGCCAUUCUUUGAAAACUGGGCAGCUCCGAAUGGCUAUCAGGCCAAAGUAAUUAUAGAUGGCUAUCCUUAUCCGACUAGCGCUGUCUGUUCAAAAAAAAAGGAUGCUGAGCAUGAUGCAGCCAAGGCAUGUCUGGCCAGUUUGGGAAUUUUUGAGGAUGACAGUGGAGGACCCAAUGAAUUCAACAACCAAGGUUACCCCGGCGACCAAGGUUGCCCAGGCGGCCAAGAUUACCUGGAUGGCCAAGGUUACCCGGGGGCUAACCGUAACGGUCGUUCGAGUUUUGGAACACCAACCGGUCCAAGCCCUCGUGCAAGUUUUUCGACGCCAAGUCCGAGGCCGUUUGACCGUCCUCCAAGAAGCGGGGGCUCAUCAGGAGGAGGGGUAAAGAUGCCGAAAAGCGUUCUUCACGAAUUCUGCCAAUCACAGAAGAUGUCGUUACCACAGUAUGAAACGGAGGCGAGUUACGACGGUAGCGCGUUGCUGGGGUUCCAUUGUGUUUUGGUUGUAACAGAUGAGUAUUUUACUACCGAUCGCUUGUACACCAACAAGCGUGAGGCAGAACACGCCGUCGCACGCAAGGCUCUGAACGUUUUUGGGUAUUAUGCAAGAUCACCGUUGUAUACUGGCGAUACGCCGCCCAUCCACCAGGCCGCGGGAACGCCGUCAUUUAAAACUCCAGAAACUUCGUACAAAAAUCUUUUGCAAGAACAUUUGCAACAACGAAGUAUAGAAACACCAGAUUAUGAAACGCAGUUAACAGGUAUGAGCAUAUAACCUCAAGGUUCUGCCCAGGACAAUGAGAAAUGCUGGGUAUUUGUAAACAUGAAAUAUUUGUAAACAUGAAAAUUAUCAUUGCCAUUUUGCAAUUUCUAAUUAUAAUUUUCAUGUUUACAAAUAUUUCUGGCGUGUUUUUGUGCUGGGCGGUACUAUUAAGUGCUGGGCACCGCCGCCACCCACUGUAGGCGGAACCUUGUAACCUAAUGAUGAGUAGAAUUGUCUAAAGUUAAAACUCUAGAGUAGUAUAUUAAUGUGGGAUGCAUUAGGGCAUGUUGCUGAACUCAUUGAGUGCGCUUUUCCCUUCACAAAUAAAUCAUCUGGCCUUGUUGCUAUGCUGGUUACAUUACCAGAUGGCACCAGAUAGUAGCCUACCAGAUAAAUAACCGGUUACUCACUGAUGGUGGUACUUGAACAAUACAUCACCAACUUUUGUCAUGAAAUAGUCCAUUGUCUGUUUAGUAUGUGGCACAAGGAUUGUCAGACAAUAUACAGUAGAGAGAAGUUUGCAUCCCAAAAAACUUUUACUGUAAUAUAAUUUCAUGUGUGUGUCACAUGUCUGACUAGCUGUUUGUAUUUCACAAUAUCUUAACGCAAAACAGACUAUCAGGCAGGGUCUUAGCUAGAGGGCCAUGUUAUCGCGGCCAAAAGUGGAAAAACACGGCUAUGUAAAAUGAACGUGGUUUCAUUAUUCAUAUAAAGCUGUGUACCAGGGCGUCGGAAGCAAUGUGAAGCGGCGGGGGCAGCCAUUUCGAAAGGGCACUUGCUUCUCAACCAUAAUUUUUCAGAGUGGCAAUAUUUGUCUCGAUAUUUGUUAAAACUUUCUGUAUGGAUACUCGAUUACUUGUGGCUAUUACGGGUCGGCAAACUUUGACAUUAAUUUUCAACAAUUUUAUUCGUUGCACCGUGCUGAUGGUGCAAAAUAAAAUCAGUAAACGGAUGUAUAUUGCUUGAUUUAGCAUUAAUUUUAGUGCAACUGGUUAAAAUUAAGCAAAGAUUACUUAAGCAUUGCUUUAAAAUAGUUAUAAAUUCCAAUUCCUGUGAACAGCGCACAAAUUUCAAAGUGCAGUUUCAGUAAGAAGAGCAACCUGUUGCCCUUGUGCUGCCCCCGCACUGUUUGGGCAAUAGGGGCAGUUGCCCUCGUGGCUCCGGCGCCGCUGGCUGUGUAGGUUAAUAAAAUAAGGUGGUGCUACAGUACAGAAUUCUUCCAAUUUACGUCGUAAGAAAGUUUGUAUAAUGUACUGCUGUUGUUGAAAUUGGCAAAAGUGAUCCGUGAUGUUUUAAUGUUUUGAUGGAUAAUAACUGUAUGGUGUUAAAGUGGUUUUAAAUACCCUCAAGAGUUGCUGAAAUAACUUAAUAUUCUAAUGUCAGUGCGCAAUAUGAGUAUAUGCUCACCUUGUAUUUGGUUGCAAAGCACAGAACAACAACAGGCAUUGUCUGCAUGUUGUUGGUGAGCAUAACUAGAACCGUGAUUUGCCUAUUCAAGGUAAUUGACAUGUGCACACCCUGGUCAUUAGAAACACGCCCAAGAUAUAAAAUCCUAGCUAAGACCCUGCUAUCAGGGUUGUGCUGGAUGUCUAUAUUUUGCCAGAUAACGGUAUCCAGCACAUCCUGCAAGCUAAGUUGAUCUUAGUGAUGUUUUGAUAUUUUAAAUACCGGUAUUGUGUUUUCAGAUGGGGGAUAUUUCAGUAAAGUCAUAAUUGAAGGCAAGGUUUUCAAAGCAAAGGAAUGUUGUCAAACCAAGAAACUGGCUGAGCAAAGUGCUGCCAAGGCUGGACUUGUUGGUAUGGGCGUCAAAGAUCCCGAAUCAGUGGCUACAAGAUUGUUGAGAAAGUAAGUAUAAAGGGCAAAAGGCUUUCCUCUUGAAAAGUAGAUAUUAGGAUAUAUAUGUGUACACACAGCACUGACAGAAGAAAAAUUAAAAAACCCAUGAAUGGUAAAUUCUGUAAUGGUAUAUUCAUUUGAUAGUUCCCAUUUGCCAAUUCAAUAGCAUUAAUCAACACUAUCUAUCUAUCUAUCUAGGAAUUCAAGAGGGCGAUAUAAAAGCACAGAAGAUAUUCCGUAUAAAAAAGAUUUGCGUGAUCUUGAGCCAGAACAGGUGGACACUGAUCAAGUACAAGGCAAUACAUCUUGGGUACACAGUCGGAAACAAUCCGAAUUUGACGUUGAUGACUACGAUGACGUUGAUGGAGAAUUUACUGACUUUCAAAAGGCUGCACCUGUCAAACUUAAGUAAGUUUGGGUGAAUCCCUAUUCAGGGGAGGGGGAUUGUCGAAGGAUUUUAUGUGAAAAUUGAAAUUCAUUGUUGGAAAUUUACCUGGAGUGUAAUAAUUAUAAUAGAGCUUUUUCUGAUUAAUUUCCACUUUCAUACUAUGUUUCUGAAGAAAAGGGGUGUCUGGGGUCCUCCCCCAGAAAAAGUUUACAUUUUUGAAGCUUCAUUCAGGACUUGCAUUUCUGGCAUUUUCUGAAGCAAAUUCUCAAACAAAUUGGAUCUGAAUUUUCCAAGCAAAACACCAGUAUCGCUGCACAGACAUGGUUGAUCAUUUUGUCACAAUAAUUUGAAUAAUUUCGCCCUCAUUCUUGCAGAAUGCGUUCGAGAAAUCUCUUACUAAUCUGUUACACAUGCAAAUGUGGUUAUUACUUAAAUUAAAUGUACUAUAGCUAGAAACUGAUAUACUAUACAAAAUAUUUGUCAGUUGAAAUUGCUUUCAACUUUGUAAUAUUGUCGAGGUACACUGUAAAUUUAUAAAAUGAAUUACUGUAUAUUGAAUUUAUAUUCAAAUUUCAUGUGCAAUUUACUGUACAACUUUUCUCUUUUGAGACCUAUAAAUAAUUAGUGUAUGUUGACCAUGUCCGACCAGAAUGUUCUACCAUAUUGUCAGACCAAGUUCAGUUCAGAAUUCUAAACUUUAUUCCAAGUGGAACAGCAAGUUUCCAUAAUAGAUGACCGUUCAGGGAAAAAUCUGACAUAAAAUCUUUACCUAGGCGAAAACUUGAUGAAAGUGGUGAUGAAGACUUCUUUGGCACGCCAGAACAGCGUCCUCAUAAAAUGCAGCGUGUUGGGGAAGGUUCAGACAGUCGACCAUCAGUAGAGAAACGCCCGAGGCGUCGAGGGGAGUUUGAGGUGGAGCAGGUUCAUCUUGGUAACUUGACUGUUGGAGAAUGUUGGCCAGAGAAGAGAAAUAUUGUGAUAGUUGGUAGUGAAGAGACGUCAAUACCUCUUUUUUGUCAAGCUGAUAUGGAGAGGUGUGCUCUUGAAGAUACGUCGACAGGCGCCCUCGUGGAUAUCGUUCCUGGUAAAAUAUCAUUUCAUACUUAUUUUACUGUCGAUGCAAUGGAAGUGUUGAUAAAAUAUUGCAUCAAUUCAUUUCCUCAAGUUGAUCAAUUCAUACGAAUUCAAAUUUCUUUUUACUUCCUCUGCGUUUCCUAUUGGUCAGUCGGUUCUGAAACGAAAUCUAAUUGGCUCAUCUAAAAGUAACAGGAAGUUGAUCAAUUUUCUAUCAAAUGAAUCGAUCAACUUGGGGAAAGGAAUUGGUGCAAUAUUUUAUCAACACUUCCAUUGCAUCGACAGUAAGUGCCAAUUUAUAUUACUUUUAUGAAAUAUGAAGUAACCAUUUUCGUUCUGAACGUGUUGCAAACAGCGGCAGAUCUAGCCUCAUCUGCAAGGAGGGGUGCAGGUUUUCCAUGGGGUGGUGCAUGAGGGAGCCUUACUACCCGCUCUCCUCUGCUGUAUAACAACUUUAACAUGUAUACGUAUUUAACCACGAUAUUUAACUAAAGGAUUCUGAGUAUUUUUUCGUGAGCUUACAAAUCAAUUAAAUCAUUUCAAGAAAUCUACACGCACUAACAGUAGAAGUUCCUCUAAUCGCUAUUCGAAAAGCAGAAACUGCUGUAUGGUCAAGCAGAUCUUUUAGGGUGGUGCUGGACUUCUCUAGGGGUGGGAUGGUUUGCUAGACACCACUAGGUGGGGUGCGGUUGAUCCUUCCCGGAUCUCGUUUUAACCGCUGCAUGCAGUCUUUACUGACUGUAGAGGUAUACUGUACAGAUAUGUUCACGACAGUUACGACUGGAAUGGAGACGAGGAAUUAACAUGUGUGAUGUUUGUAUUUUCUCCAGGUCAUCGGCUGAUUGGUUUAGAAGGUUACUAUGUAGUACGUGGAGGCCAGAUAGUCUUACGAGCAAGACAAUGUCAACAAGUAGUGAUGCCUGAGGAGCCUGAUAAAGUUCUGAUCAGUUGUGGUGUCGUUGUACUUCAUUGCAUUCCAAGACGGGAUGGAACUGAAACUAGGUAACUAUGUUCUUCAAACAUGUCAAUGUAGAAAGGCCUGGUCAAACGAGAACAAAAGUUGCACGAGAGAUGACGAGUUUAGUGAAUAUUAUCUCGCGCGUACAUACGUAAAAACGCACAAGUUGUUACAGGUCCGCAAACAAGUUGUUACAAAUCAGUUCACAAGCUGUCAACAAGUUGUCUUCGCACUGCUUGUUCCCAGUUGUUGUAACAAGUUUGGAACAAGCUGUUAACAACUUUUAACAAGCUUGAUGGCAUUAUCAGACUUGUUACAAGGUUGUUCUAACAAGUUUGAUACAGUCAUUAUAUAACAAGAAUGCUACAAGGUUGACGAUACAAGGUUACAACAAUAUUGUUAUAUCAUGACUGUAUUAGACUUGUUGGAACAACCUUGCAACAAGUCUGAUAAUAUCAACAAGGUUGUUACAAGUUGUCAACAGCUUGUUGACAACUUGGGACAAGUAGUGUGAACACAACUUGUUGACAGACUUGCUGCAAGAUGUGAGAUUUUUGCGUGUGUAGUCAAAAUUUGAUACGAGUUUAUGCGGAGAGUUGGCGACCAAAUGUGAGCGAACGUUGCAACUCUCGUCAGCACUCAUUCUGGUUUAUCGUUUAUGCAUCUUCAAUUUUUUGUUAUUCGACAGUUGCGAUGUAAACGUGCUUCUCAAACGCUACCUCUGUAGUCAAGCAUUUAUAAACGUUGUCCGAGGUUUGGCUCAAUACUUCCGCUGUAAACAGUCCAAUCGUCCCUUCAUCCUCAACAAAGAGUUGUUAACCGCGCAUAUUCAAGACUGGAUGUUAGAGGAAGUCAUGGCUAUAUCGUCAUUCUCUGAGACCGCGUUAGAAAACGUCUUUCAACACACGAUGAAGUUUGAUAAACGUUGGGCGAGGUAUCUGCGGGACGAGGAGUUAUCCAAGGAGUUGAGAGAAAUUCAGGUUUGUUAUUAGCAUCGGAAAUCAAUGCGUUAAAUAUAUGUAGGUCACUAGUAGGUCCAUAUAUUUAACGUUAAUUAGGCCAAAAUUGUAAAAUCUUAAGUAGGGUAGGUCGGUUUUAACUUUUUUUUUAACUUUUUUUAAAAUUUUCCUAACAACCGGACGCCAUUUUGUUUAGUCAUUGCUUCCACAUCCAAAGAUAGAUUUCCCUAAUAUUGCCUCAAAUGUUUUCCUCUAAGUGGAAACACUUACAAGCAUGAUCCAAUAAAAAAGUUUAGGGUCGGGAUUUCGGCGUCCAAAAGGUAGGUAGGGUUGGGAAACCGGAAACCCAUAUAUUUUUUUUGCCUAAUAACAAAAUUUAACGUUAAUUAACAUAUAUUUAACAAAAUCUUUCCCAAGACCCUAAUGCACUGCGAACUCCAUGUUAUAGGCGGCAGCUAAUCAAGAAUUAUUUCGACGUGCAAACAGCAGUGAAGAUCAAAAUCAAGAUAGAUUCCGACCUUGGAGGUUGCCCAAAGGAAACUUUUACCAUCGCGUUCUUACUACAGGUAGGGUAAUAACGAAGAUCCACUUGGUAUAGACAAUGAAAAAUAUUAUGAAAUUACGAUAUACAGGCGUGUUAUCGAUCCAGACUGUGUUUUAACCGGUAUAAUUGCUAUGAUUUUCAGGUGUGUUCAUAGAAAGUCCACCAGAGGCUGCAAUGCGAGAACUGAAAGAAGAGACUGGUAUCAAGUUAAAACUAUCUGAUGUAAACUCGUCUCCGUAUGUUGAUGUACCUCAAACGGACAACCUAAACCCGCACAAAGGUAUGUGGUUAUGCCAGACAGAUUCCAUAAACAGAAAAACCUUAAACGUAGUAAUUAACGCACAAUAACCUGUCAAAAUUGGAUUACUUUUUUAUACACCAUGUAAAUGUGUCCUAUUUACUCCUUGUAAAAACAAUAAUGGUACAAAUGCUGUUAAUGCUUUUUGGUUUAGGUGAUUUUGCUCGGUAUUAUCUGUGUGGGAUUAUUACUGAGGCUGAAAGCUUAGAAGAAGAAAUUGAAGAAGAGCAAGAUGAAGAAGGUAUGCUGUGAAAUAACCACUGCAAAGAAAAUGUACUAACUAUAUGCUAACGCCUGUAUUCUAAAAGCUCACUCGCACUCUAAGUGCAUGUGGAGGUUCAAUCUGAGCUUCCCUUGAGUGUCAGUGCUGUUUUUGAAUAGCUGGAGGGCGAAUAGUCACCAGGGUUCAUACAAAGCUUGAAAAAAUCCUUGAACGUCCUUGAAUUUGGAAACAAAAAUUCAAGGCCUUGAGUUUAUAAAGAAGUGCUUGAAAGUCCUUAAAUUGUUCUUGCUUUAGUGGAUAUUUUCUGAAAUUGUUUGUUAUUAAGAAUUUGAACGUUUUGUAAAUUGAUUUUGUUCAUGUCUUACAAAGGCCAGUGUGGCGUAGUGUGAAAAUAGGCUAAAAGACGUACACUACUAAAAUUUAUUUUCUUUCGUACUGUAGAAACAUCAACUGAGAAUCCCGAAUCAUCUUCAACUGCCACGAAUGUAGCUCCACUAAGCACGGAUCCAACUCCUGCCAACACGGAUUCAACUUACGCGGCCACGGGUUCAACUCCCGCAAUCACGAAUUCAACUUUCAAUGCAGCAUAUUCGGCUAACGCUGCCGGGUAUUCAGCCAGCACGGGUGCAACUUAUGGCGGUACGUAUUCUGCCUAUGGUAGCGCGGGUUCAACUAAUACUGGCACGAAUUCGGCGUACGGCACGGGUUCAGGUUAUGCUAACGCUGGCGCGUAUUCAGCUUUCGGUAGCACGAGUACAGCUGCCACGAAUACACCUUACGCGGGCACGAAUACACCUUACGCUAGCACGAACACGACCGGAACGGGUUCAACUUACGCGGGCACGAAUGCAGCACACGUUGGCACAUAUCCUAUUCAACAAGCCACGAAUUCAACUGUCGCGGGCACGGCUUCAACUAAUACUGCCGCAUAUUCAACGUACACCGGCACGGCUUCAGCUUAUCCUGGAACGACUACGACUUACGCGGGCACGAAUUCGACUGGUACGGGUUCAGCCUACGGCAGCACGGGUUCUACUCACGCUAGCACAUAUUCAGCAUACGCGGACGCCUACUCGGCGUAUGGUAGCAAACAAUCGACUCUGGCCAACACGAAUCCAGGCUACGGUACCACGGGUUCAACUUAUACUGGCAUGGGUUCAACUUCAGCCAGUAUGGGUGCCACUAACACUGGCACUGGUUCGGCUAAUACACUCCCGUAUUCAGCUUACACCGCUACGGGUUCAAACACUGGAAUGGGCUCAACUAACACUGGUGCGUUUUCAGCAAACACUGGCACGGGUUCAAACACAACUACAGCUUCGGCUUAUACUGCGCCGUAUACAGCUUACACGGGUUCAAACACUGGAAUCAAUUCAGCUAACACUGGUGCGUAUUCAGCUAACACAGACGCCAGUACAGCAUAUACAGCCACCGGUUCAAACAAAGCCACGGGUUCAGCUAAUGUCGGUGCGUAUUCCGCAAGCACUGGUUCAUAUUCGGCUUACGCCAACACGGGUUCAAACACAGGCACGGGUUCCGCUAACGCUGGUGCGUAUUCCGCCAAUACUGCCUCUGAUUCAACUUAUACAGCCACGGGUUCAGCUAAUGCUGGUGCAUAUUCUGCAAGCACUGGUGCAUAUUCUGCUUAUGCCGGCACGGGUUCAAACGCAGGCGCAGGUUUAAAGCCUACCACGGGUUCAAACACGGCCACGGGUCCAGCUUCUAUUGGUGCGUAUUCUGCUUACGCUGACGCGUAUUCAGCUUACACGAGCACGGUGGCAAGUAACACUGCCACGAAUUCCAGUCAGACCGGCACGCAGUCGACUACCGCUAGCCAAAGGCCAACACAAAUAGCCACGAAUUCAGGUUCUGUUGGUACGAGUUCAACUGGCACGAAUGCGACGAACACCACCACGGGUUCAACUUACCAUGGCGCAUAUUCAGCUUACACGGAUUCGGUAUACGCUGGCACGAAUGCAACUCCCGCCAGCACGGGUUCAACAAACACUGGCACGGGUUCAACUUCAGCGAGCACGGAUAAAGCUGCAGCCAGCACGGAUAAAACCUCAGCCAUGGACCAAACUUCAUCCACACAAAAAGACACACCAGGUAAGCAUCGUUUCCAUUCAUCGCAAGAGUCAACUCGCAAGCUUGACAGUCUAUUUUACUAGACCUUUCCGGGCUUUCCGGUAAUUACGUCACAACUACACUGUUUUCAACUUAGGACCACCUUAAGGUUGAGGUGAGGCUCAGCCUCGUUUUCGUGUUUAAGCUUAUUUCCACAUUUAAUCAAAAUCCAAAGUCAAAAUCCAAAAUCUUUUUUAUGCAUGUGUUUGAAGAAGGAUGUUCUGUUCUGACCACAGCCCAUGAGAAAUAAAUACGUACAUUUCCCACCUCUUCCAUUUGGGUUUAUUCUUCUGUGCAUGUAUGUAUAAGGCCCCGUUUACAUGAGACCGGAACGAAGUCAAACCGGGACCAUUUCGUUCUGGUCAUAGCAUUAUUUGUAAUAGAUGAUUACAUGACACCGGGACGAAAAUAACUCAUUCCGCUUGCUGUGGAUCGAGCCGACUGACUUCAGGCCGGGAUGAAUGUAAACACAAAUACAUUUUAAACCGGUCUCGGCUGUAACCUUGACAUUGGAACAACACAUGCUAACAAAUGCCAAGGGGAAUGUAUUGAAAAUUUUGUGAUUUUCGGUACCGGUCUUAUGUAAACAUGUUGACAAUUUCAAUUCUCAUUCCGGUUUGGCUUCAUCCUGGUCUCUUGUAAACGGGACCUAAGUUGUCCAUUUAACCUUUAUGAAUGAAUGAAUCACUAACAUUCUCCAAUUGUUUGUUUAGAUAAAAGUGAAACUAAAGACUCGAAUGUCGAAAAUGAAAGAGAAGAAGAAUCGACUGUCAUUCGGUCACCCAUUGUCGCCGGAGCGGUUCACGAGGAAUGCAAGUGGUUUGACAUGGAGGAAGCCAAAGAAAUAUCCACAGUAUUUCUUGACAUAUACAACAGUCAUGAAUUUCAAAAGCUGUUAGCGAAACUCAAGGGUAUCGUAUCCGCUAUGUGACGUAAUGAAAAAGCAUGUGAACGGUUCCCGCACCCCCUGAGACAAAUUAUACAGAUGUUUCUCUUGAAGAAAGAGUUGCCACUCGUGCUAAGAGUGUUACCAUAUAGUCUGUCAAGUUAUGAUGAUCUGGAAGCUCGGCAAAAUUCAAAGCCACAAAAUAGAAGAACUUUGUUUGAUAUUAGAGACCUUACGAUUUAGAACGGCUACCAAUACAAUAAAUCACUGAAAAGAAUUGAAUAAUUACAAUAUAUGAAUAAUUUAGACAUUAUCCUCGCUCUGUCUACAACGCCAAAUCACAGAUUUUCACGUCUUGAUACAACGGCUGCAUUUCAAGCCGCAACAAGUGCAACUUCAAAUUGGGUUCAGCAGAACUCUUCCCAACCGUAAAACCCAUGUCUUCGACUUCUAAGACUGUUUUAAAUUCAUACGAUUGAUAAUAUUACGUCGAAUUAUCUUUACUACCAUUUAUUUGAAGGAGUUUGUUUUGGCCGUCGUCGUCGCGUUGCCGUCAUAAAAUCGUAAGUUCUCUACUGAACAUCACCGUGCACAAAUCCUUUGUCUCAACUUCAUUAAAUAUUAAUCAUUGUGGUUUGCACAUUUCAUCUCAGCUAUCAUGAUUGGAUGAUUAAUAAAUUAUACGAAAAUACAAUGAUCUCAAUGAUCCUGACCGUAGACAAAAACAUAACAUAAUGACUUCAGUUCCGUUUCCAGAUCAUCAUAUCUUGACUAUGGUUUUACCUCAUUUAAGAUUGCGUGGAUGCCUUUUGCCGACCUGGAAAACUGCUUGAUAUUCUGUGAGAAUGAAUUUGCCUUUUUCAAAGUAGAUGGCAGUAAUAAGAUCCGGUCAUUAUUUUAGGUGGGGGAUGUCGCCGAAGAGAAAUGUUUUUCUUGGUAAAAUGUUUGCCGAUCCAACCAUUGAAGAGUCCCAAAAACUUUUUACCCAAUCAUACCCCUGGCCAAAAACUUUACAAAAGGAUACCAAUCAGUUGUCACACAUGUCCUUUACCACUUCUGUGACAUGAGUUUGAUUAACUGCUUGUGUAAUUUUCUGCAGUCUAAAGUUUCUUGUUGUCUGCACAUGUACUUUCUUUGGAGACCCCAUUUGCCUCCUGACAAGUCGGAAAAUGAUCAAGAUGGUGACUCUGAUUGAUUUACAAGACUGUUGCAUUUUAGUCUUCAAUAUUUGAGUGAGUCAUGCUUUGGAAAUGACAAUAAAUUUUUAUUACCCAACCCUUGAGUUGUUUUGUUUUUCAUUUACCCACCCUUUUACUCGCUCAAAACUUUGUUUACCCAACCCUUUUCUCUUCGGUGCCACCCACCGCCAGAAUGUUCCUUGGGGUUCAUUUCCAGGUCUGGUUUUUUGCAGACGUUUUUAAAACUGUCUUCAAGGCAGAUAAUAUAGCGUACAAACAAUAUAGCUUCAGCUUAGACUGAAUAACAUUUUAAAAGAUUAACGUAAGUAUAUAAGCAUUCUUCCAAUGUUCAGUUGAAAAGUGAGGUCAGAUUUAACUUUCGCUACCCGCUACCACUCACUGGCUUAGCACGUAUCUAAUUGGUUAAUCGGAUAGUUCAAAAGCGUCUGAUUGGUUGAACGGAUAUAUCAAACGCAUCUGAUUGGGUAAUGGUCCCUUAAUGAUACGCGCGUAAAAAUCUCACAUCUUGUAAGCGAGUCUGCCAACAAGUCGUGUUCGCAUUGCUUGUCCCAAGUUGUCAGCAAGUUUGGAACAAGCUGUUAACAACUUGUAACAACCAUGUUGGUACUAUCAGACUUGGUUGUGUCCGAUACAGUCAUGAUAUAACAAUAUUGUUACAACCUUGUGUCGUCAACCUUGUCACAUUCUUGUUAUAUCAUGACUGUAUCAGAAUUGUUAGAACAACCUUGUAACAAGUCUGAUAAUGCCAUCAAGCUUGUUACAAGUUGUUAACAGCUUUUUCCAAACUUGUUACAACAACUGGGAACAAGCAGUGCGAACACAACUUGUCGACAGCUUGUGAACAUGUUUGUAACAACUUGUUUGCAGACCUGUAACAACUUGUGUGUUUUUACGUGUGGUAGCGAUAGCGAUGGUGGGAAUCAAAUCUGAACCUCUCUCCAUUAAUUUCGUAAAUACAGAACGAAAACAGAAGAUGUUACUAUGUGUUCAAUUUGUUAGUAGUAA